AUGUUACAAGCUCCUACUUCUGAUCGUUCUUCAUUGGUUGCUAUUCCGCAGGGACAGUUUGGGUCUGGCAGUGGAAAGUCUCAGUCUGGUACUACCAGUGGGAUCAUAGACCGUAUGUCACUCCAGUGUGAUUAUUGCCACAACACUGGACAUACCAAGGAUUUCUGUUGGAAGUUACAUGGUCGUCCUUCUCGUGGGCGAGGCAGUGGACGUGGAGGUCGAGGUCGUGGUCCUGGGCGUUCUCAGGCUCAGGCACAUGUUUCAGAGUUUGCUACCUUGUCUGAUUCUGGGUUCAGUACAGGAGUUCAGUCACCUUCUGAUUCUGUUGGCGGUUUCUCUCAGAGGGAGAUGCAAGCUCUCAGGCGUCUUAUGGCUCAGGCUGAUUCUUCCUCUACUAUAGCUCCUACUUCCACAGCAGCUCCUACUGCAUCCUAUUUUGCUCAUUCAGGUAUUCCAGCUAGUGCAUUUACUGCCUCCUCUGGUAUUCCUUGGAUUAUCGAUUCUGGUGCUUCAGAUCAUAUGACAGGAACUGGAAACGGGGAAGGUGAUUGGCAGUGGUAAAGCACAUGGUGGUAUCUAUUAUCUGGAGCAUGCACCUCAUCCAUCUCAGCCAUCUUUAUCAUGUGGACAAGCUCUACGGGCAGAUAUGAGUUCCACUCUUUCUUUGUUACAUCGGUGGCACCGUAGAUUGGGUCAUCCCUCUUUUGGGAUAUUAGAGAAACUUUUUCCUACUUUAGUUAAACAUUGUCCUAGGGAUCAGUUUUUUUGUAAAGCCUGUGAGUUUGGAAAACAUAAACGCUCUUUUUAUGCACCUAUUAAUAAACGAAGUGAUUCUCCAUUUAUGGUUAUCCAUUCUGAUGUUUGGGGUCCUUCUCCUGUUACUUCUUUAAAGGGCUAUCGAUGAUUUGUUACUUUUAUUGAUUGUUAUUCUCGUGCCACAUGGGUGUACUUACUCCAGUCAAAAAAUGAAGUAUUUUCCUGCUUCAAAUCUUUUCAUAAGAUGGUGUGCACUCAAUUUGAUACACAUAUUAAAAUUCUUCGGAGUGAUAAUGGGACUGAGUAUAUUGAUAAGAUUUUUCGGACAUAUCUAGAUGAUAAUGGUAUUAUUUUUCAGACGACUUGCGUUGACACUCCACAACAAAAUGGAGUCGCUGAGCGUAAAAAUCGUCAUCUUGCUGAGGUCGCUCGAUCUCUUUUGUUCACUAUGAAUGUUCCCAAAUAUUUAUGGGGAGAAGCUAUUUUAACUGCUACAUAUCUUAUCAACCGUAUGCCAUCAAGUGUCCUUAAUUUUAAAACACCUAUUGAGUGCCUGCCAAGCAGUUGUCGAGUUACGACUCUUCCACCUAGGGUGUUUGGUUGUGUGUGUUUUGUUCAUACCCCAAAACCUUCUGGGGGCAAGCUAGGACAUAAAGCCCAUAAGUGUAUUUUUGUUGGGUACUCUCCUACCCAAAAAGGCUAUAAGUGUUACGAUCCUUAUUCAAGGAAGAUGUUUGUCUCUAUGGAUGUUACCUUUUGGGAAACAGAGGUUUUUUAUUCUCCCUCUAAACCAUCUCUUCAGGGGGAGUAUCAAUAGGAGGAAGAGAUGUUUACCUUUUAUAAUCAUAGUGAGGGGGAGAAAUUUUUCUAUGAUCAUAGUGAAGGGGAGAAGGAAAACACUGGAGAGGAACCAGUAUUUGUUGAAAGGGAAACACAUGAUAUUGGUGGUGACAUUGAGGAACAACUACCUGCACGACAACGACUGCAGGGAGCUGGCUUAUAGAGGUAUGCUAGACGGAAAAAUGGAAAGUCUUCAUGUACGUUACCACUUUGUCAAUCACAAUCACCCAAUCCAGUUCCAAAUUCCUCAACUGACUCUUCUGGUAAUGAUUCUUCUCUUAUUGAACCUCCUCCUAUGGAUCCUGACAAUCUUCCUAUUGCUAUUCGAAAAGGUGUUAGAUCUUGUACUCAACAUCCUAUUUCACAGUUUGUUUCUUAUGACCGUUUGUCUCCUUCGUACCAUGCAUUUGUCUCUUCUCUUUCUUCUAUAUCUAUUCCACAGAAUUGGCAGGAUGCAUUCAAGAUACCUAAGUGGAAAUGAGCUAUGGUAGAAGAGAUGACGGCUUUGAAAAAGAAUGGCACCUGGGAUCUAGUGUCACUUCCAGGAGGGAAGAAACCAGUGGGCUGCAAG